GAACGAGUUGACUAACACCAUGCCGUCCGCAUUCACACCUCAGGUUUCGACUGACACUUGCUGCAGCCACGGCCAACGACCAUCACCCUUCCGUACCACUCCUCGGUUGGCGACCGCUUGUUGCUCGCCUGAAUCCUUUGAACAACCCCUCCUGCACCCGGUCGUGCCUCAUAUCCGACAGACCCUCCUCUGACUGAUCCUCGCAUCUCUUUUGACCUUUCCAAUCCUCGACACCUCUAGAGGGUUACUCUACGUCCUGUCCUUACCGCUGGAUCCAUACCACAUCGCCCUGUCCGUUGGGACGCCCAUCAAUUGGCUUUGAUCUGUUUCACCAGUCGAGAUCACGAUCAGCAGCCUCCACGAAUGUCCUCUGGUUGCAUACAGUCGGACCAAGACCAUAAAAGACCGUCUCGACCAACGUCAGCUGAACUUGACGAGAAACAAAAGCAUAUCCACGUCCACAGACCAUUCCAGUGGACACCAGCACUCGCCACCUUCAGAUCACAGCUUCGGGCUCCAUCAGCCACAGCCGAACGCCUCGACAAGCUCGCCACUCUUCCGAUGUUACUGUGACGGUGAAACAAGGUUAUGGAAAUCCGAAGGACUCCCGCCGCCGCUGCGGUGCGGUCGCCCUCUUACAGACAAGAUACGGCGACACCUGGAUCUACUUCUCGAUCGAACUCAAACAGUUCGGACGAGGAUUCACGUCGAGCUCAAGACGGACUAAGGAUACCCGGCACCCGCUUCGAUGAACCUCCGCCGCCGCUGCCACCUCCACGAUACAAUGAAGAGCUGGCUCAAGGCAUAGACGUCGCUUGGAGCUGGGGAAACAGUGACCCAUUCAACUCAGCAAGACGGCUCGCCCCCAUCAAACUGGGCUCGAGUCUCUACGGAGGCUACAUGGACACCAGCAGGAAUUCUGACCGGUCACGCGAUGCCGAUGAUAUGGACUUGGACGACGACGACUUCACCCGCCGAGGCAGUACUGUUUCCACAAUUCGAUCACCGUCGCAGGCCGACAUACGUCUAGGUGCACAUGUACCGGUGAUUCGGAAACAGUCGUCGCCAACCUCAGCAAAUCAACGGUUACAAGGCGAAAUGCCACUGGCGCAACAGAAUUUCAACCUUUCAUCGCAAGCGUACGACCAAAGGUUACUAUCCAAAAUUGGAAAACCAAAUUCGCCUCCCCGCAACUCUAGGAGAUCUGGUUCUGCAGAAUCGACGAGUUAUUCUACCAAGCUCUCCCUUCAGAUAAAGGACCCCAGAGCCCAAUCACUCUCGACCAAUGAGCUUUCAGCGGCUUCUCUAGAUCCGAUAUCCAGAUGGAUCACAAGUCCUGCUUCAGCAGGCGUCUCGCCCGGCUCACGGCCUGGAUGGCGGGACUACGGUAUUGACCACCGAAGCCCAUCGACAGACAGCGCGGCGGCGUCACUAGUGCUCGAUCCCGAACUUUUCGUGCAACAACGACCAAGCGGCCUGCUGUCUGUUGGUAGCUCAAUUGCUAGCCCUGAUGACCUGGCGAGUCUUGCUAGUCGAUCCCAAAGGGGCAGCUAUGAGCAAGGAAUAUUCCCAGACACAGAGUCCGAUAUUGCUGGUGACGAUGGCGCUGGUUUCCGCAAUUUAAAUCUGGGUGACUCCCUGUAUCAUGGGGAACAGCGCUAUUCUAAGCAAGGCAUGAAACGCCGGGCUCGGUCUCCUCCGUCCGAUCUUUCUCGGGACGACAAAUCGCCAUCACGUGGCAACUCAUCCGCCGAGUUGUUUCAAAAGUUCCAUGCAGCGGCAUCUGCAAGGUCACCAGUAUCGAAAUAUCAAGCCAAACAUGGAUCAGUGUCCUCGACGGCUUCAAGUGCCCGACACAACUCAUAUGCGUCCUCACUUUCAGUUUCGGUGGCCGGCAGUAGCAUGACCAGCAUCUCCUCUUUCGACAAGCACUCAUCAUUAGACCCUCCACACCCUGCAUAUAUAACCUCGGCCCAUCCCGUCGCGAGCCCUGCCACGUCAAUCGCAUCCUCCAGGAUACCACCUCAAGUUGCACUUGACACAAAACUUGCCACGACCAAGAUAUCUAUUCAAAGUCCCAUGGGCGAUACCAAUCUACCACCCGUCAACCGUGUCGGAAACUCUUUCAUAUGCGAUUGUUGUCCGAAGAAACCCAGAAAAUUUGAUACAGAGGUGGAAUUGAGGUGAGUUUGUUGAAGCAUACGCCUCUUUAUUCCACCCCUCCCUAGUUACUGGCGCACAAUACUAAUCUACUGGCAGGUCUCACCAAAUGGAGAAACAGUAUACUUGCCAGUAUUGCAACAACCGGUUCAAGAACAAAAAUGAAGCCGAACGUCAUCAGAACUCGCUCCAUUUACGACGUUAUUCUUGGUCUUGCGCAGCCAUCCCUAACUACCAGGCGGUAUUCCACCCAUCAUCAAUUCCACCGUCUACCAGUCCAGGUGGUCCUCAAUUCGAUGCAUGUGGUUAUUGUGGAGAGGAGUUUCCUAAUCUUCCUCAACCUAACUGGGAUCGUCGGCUUGAUCAUCUCACCAGCGUCCACAAGUUUGGCGAAUGCAAUCAAGCGAAGAAAUUUUUCAGAGCCGAUCAUUUUCGACAGCACCUGAAACACAGCCAUGCAGGGCAGAGUGGGAAGUGGACCAACAUGCUGGAAUCUGUUUGCCUGCGCGAAGAAUUUCCUGCAGACUCUGCUGGUAUCUCGCCAACUGGCAGUGAGCCGAGUCCGGGUCGUGGUCCUAGCAGCCUUCCUGAUCCACCCAUGGGAGGUGCAACAAUCAAUGAAUCUCGAAAUGAAACAUGAAAAGCGACCUACCCAAGUUGGAAUACGGCCUGAACACUCAAAGUCUUCUCGGAUCGAGAAAGGUGAUUGAAGGUUAUGGUCAUGUUCUGCGAGCUAGCGGGAAGAUCCUAGUUGCAGAAAUCCCAUCCUGCUUCAGGCGCCUAACGUCUUACCCGACCCCGCCAUGCCUCGUUAAAGCCGCAUGCCCGCCAUGACAUUUGUGAUCAUUGACUACUAGGUAGUCGAUGCAAGUGGCCACCGAGUGUCCUCUCUGCCGAUCCAAGCUGUGUUGUCAUACUUUGACGUUCCUUGUCCGCAGAGGAAUGUUUCCUGAUUGACGUUACACGCUUCCAAUCAUCACACCAUCCAUGUUCGUACCCAGGAUCCCGGACUGGAUGGUCACAGUACAGAAGUGACACUUUGCAUGCAUGACGAGCUUACCACACUCAGAGCUACAGCAGUACACCAUGACACUGGUACAUCCUUACUUCGGCCAUGCAAGCAAGGCCAAGUUUCCUCACGAUGGAGGACCGCUCGACGGCUCAGGCUUCGGACAAGUUGGACACGUAACGUCAACGACUCAUCCCGCAUGGUUCCAAGUUACAGACGACAAACACCGGCGCAUUUCCGAGUAAGCCUGUCCUAUCAGUGGCAAGGCUCCAACCUGGACAGGUUCUUGCCGUCUGGGUAGUACAACGUUGCUUUUGUUGAGCGUCCUGCCUACAGGGUGGGGAAUAUAAGCCCUUCUCAUAACAAGGCCACUACCCUUUGGAGUGGAAGUGGAAAUAGUACUUUUGGUCAAACAGCGUUCACCAAUACUUCACAACCACGGAAAAUUGCUGCAGUGCUCCUCGAGCCUGUCCUUCAACCGAUUGCCUGCGUCUCAAGCCCGUUGUCUUUGACUUCUUCUGUGGACAAAACCCGUCCGGGCUGCGAAAGCUGGCCGCUUAUGGGCACAAUGGACGUGUUGGUAAUCUCUUGGAAAACAUCGGCAGGGUCUCGCGAUUUUGCGAUGGUGUGGGCAGGUGCAUAGGGAAGCAGCUCAACUGAGUGAUGGGCCACAGCUGCACGAAGUCAAAUUCUGCAUGAGACCUAUUGAAUCAUGCCACGCCGCCCUCGAGCGUCAAGCGGAUGGUUCGGUAUGGGCCUUGACACCGCCAUCCAUCAAAUUCACACAAUUUUGAUUGGCUCUCGUUCUUGACUACGUUCUUUGACCGCCGUGUUCGUGCAAGCUCCAGAAGCUCUGGCAAACCGACGAGCUACAGAACAAGCAUAUCGAUUGCUGACGACAUGGCAGCCCCUCGACCCCUCAUCCGAUACCUUAGUGCUUACCUCUCGCGCACUCCGCGAUCCUGCCCUUCAGUGGUCGGCCUGUUGGGACGCCGUUGGCAAGAUGAUUCGACGGCUCGAGAUCGAUCACGGAAAAGGCAUGAUGCUCGAUCGCAAGAUGACUAGCAUAACUGACUUGCUUGGGUGCUUCUUUCCCUCAGUGGAUAGAAUAGUCAAAAGCGUCCGGGCCACUUUGGUCGGAAGGAUUUUACGCCUCUGACAGGCGACUCCUGGUCAACCGGACGCCUGCUUUCUAUGCCAAGCCUUCUCUAACGACACCAAGCCCGUCCUUCAGGCCCGAAAUUACAAUUCCACGACGAUGCUUGUUAGCUAGUAAUCAUUACCCUUUCGAUCGUCGCCAAAGACUGGCCUUUUCGGCAUGCUCAUCCGGCCAUGACAAGGAAUGCAUGAGUCGCUAAGCCUCAUCCACUGCCAGGGAAGGAUUCAACCACUUACAGUGUCACAUUUUAUUAGCCGACCUUUCCGGACUGGAUCGAACUGCAAACCAGGAGCGCAGACAAGCAGCUCUCAAUAUCGUCACCGUGCAGAUAAAGCACGCACGACAGGCGGUCUGCACUGCAAUGCAACUCCGUCGCAGAAGGAUCAGGAUGCCAAAGAGGAUGAUGCGGAAUCACGGACAAGUGGUAUGAUGUUCGCAUGUACAUUUAUGUUCAGGGCUAGAGCGGCGACAAGAACGAGGGUCCCAGAACUAGACAUACCCUUGGAGAGUUCCCCAAACGCUUGUCAUCGACCCUCUGGUAUUCACGAGGGAACCGCCGGCAAUUGAAUCGAAGAUAUCACCGGCGCGAGCUCGCGGCUGUCCAAUGAACAUCUACAAUGCCCUUUCAUAUUCCCUUGUCUGGCGUAGUUUUUAUCCAACGGGGUACUCCUUGAUGCCGGUUGUCUGUCAGGCUCUUUGAAUAUUCCAUUUCCUUCCGACACUGCUCUGUAAAACAGAAGUCAAGAAUCAAGCUCGAAGAAUUAUUCGUUCAGCAUACUGUUUGCAAAAUGCCAGUCCAACCAGAAGCCUCAAUGAAUGCAAGAUCGUGGCACGAUCCGUCAACGAGCAGCAGGCGGAGGCGAGUAUACUGGGCUAGAAAGGAGGGCAAUCACGAAGCAUCAGCCUGGCUGGCCUUGAUGCCUCGUCCUGCUGGGUCAGCUGCAGGAGCGGUGCGGAGGUAAGCGAGAAGGAAGGCCGAGCAUGCACCUAGGUCGUCAUAAGAACAAUCUACGGCAUAACACCGACAGCAUGGAUGCCUGGUGCUACACAUGCGGUGUUGCUGACGGAGAAUUUUGUUCAAGCUCCGACAUCCGUAUUAUUGCGUUUUAGCAGAGCACAUCGGCAGGAAUGCAGGAAUGCAGGAUGCAGAUAUCAGGACGCCCGAGGAUCGAGGAUCGAGGAUCUCCAGUGUCAAGCCUUAUGGACAUUCGACACCGACAUACAACCGACGCCGCCGCAGCCGCAUGGUCCAUUUUUGGGAAUGGAAUCCCCAUGCUAUGACGUGCACUCAGAAGUGGGAGGACGAUGAACCGGUAGUCAUGUCGAUGCAAGGAAGCGCGAUCCUGCGCUUCUUGUGCAAAGAGAUAAGAUACGAACGUUCAGAGGGAGCACCCAGGGAGGUAAGCUGAAGCUACCUUACGGGGUAGCUUCGUAGGAUUUGGGUGCACUUUACGGAUUAGGUGGGCGCACUUUUUCGGGACCUGUGAUGCAAAAAAGAAAGGCUUCCGCGUCGGAAAUAGACUUCGUAACACUGCUGCACACUGCAGGCAGACUGUGUGCGUUUCGUGUGAAGAUCGCCCCGUAAGAAAACAGGACCUGGCUGAUCAGGCCCGACCCUUGCCGACUGAUGUUCACAAGGCUGAAACGACGGGCCGGGAAAAGGGGGCGAGAAAGGGAUUGAAAUGACGCCUGGAAGCUAGAAAAUUCA